AUGGCUUCAGCAGUAGCAGGACCCAGCACAAAGCCCAUUCACCCGUUCUAUUGCGGUGUAUGCUCGCUCCCGACCGAAUACUGCGAGUUCGGGCCGAGCAUAUCGAAAUGCAAAUCUUGGCUUGAAGGAAAGGACAUGAACGAGUAUCAGCGCGUGUGGGGAGGGUCUAUUGAAGACCGUAUAGGCACAUUGUCACUGGACAAGCAGGAGAAGAUAGAGGCAGACGCGGUCAAGGCUGAAAAGAAGGCCGAGAAGAAGGCCGAGCUCGAGCAGAAGAAGAAAGAGGCUGCAAAAAUCACCAUCAAGCGAUCCGAAAGAACAAAGCGGAAGUUUGCGACCCAUAUCCACGGCUUGGAUCUCUUCGGUAUCGACCUGAAGAAGGCGGCCAAGAUGUUCGCUGGGAAGUUCGCAACGGGAUCAAGCGUCAGCAAGAACCCACAAGGGGAGGAUGAGAUUGUUGUGCAGGGGGAUGUGGGAGAUGACAUCGUGGAAAUGCUUCGCGCUCAGGUCAAAGAGCUGAAAGGCGCGCCUGCAGACCAGGUGGUCAGAGUGGAUGUCAAGCGGAAACAGGCUGAAGAAGCGGUGUAG